AUGACGACGCAACUCCUGGCCACAGAGCUGGCCAACCUCAUCCAAGAGAGCAAGCGUAAACACAAUGAUUUGCGCCAGGCCGCCGAAAGGUCUCUCGAGGAGCUUCGCAGUCUGAGAAACUCUUCUGAGCAGGGCGCCCCUGAGGAACUAUCACAAAAGGUCAACUUUGCGAACCCAUUCAUCAUUGCCUGCGGCACAAAGAAUGCCAAAUUCACCGCCAUCGCCAUCGCCUGCCUGCAGCGACUCAUCGUCGCUCGCGCCCUGCCGCGCUCCAGGCUCAAUCAGGUCCUCGAGGCCCUCAUGCAGGCCACGUCGUCCGGCCUGGAUGUUCAGCUCAAGAUUCUGCAGGCUCUACCGUCACUCUUGCAGAAUUAUUCCGCCGAUUUGAAGGGCGAUCUGCUCGUCACCGCCCUCAACAUCUGCUUCACACUCCAGACUAGCAAGAAUGCCAUCGUCAACAAUACCUCUGCCGCCACGCUGCAGCAGCUUGUCGUCUCUGUCUUUGACAAGGUUGUCGCCGAGGACAAGAGCGGCCCCCAGGUGCCCAUGGCCGGCGUUGCUGCCACGUCAAAGGGAGAGGUAGAGCUGCGUGCUGCCGCCCUCGAUGCAUACAGAAUAUUCAACGAUCUAUGCCUUCUCACCGAAAACCAACGACCCGAGUUUAUCCGCUUCUCCAGCCUGCCCCAGACGUUUGGGCUCGAGCUGAUCGAAUCUGUCAUCACUAACCAUGCGGACGUCUUCUCCAGCCACCCUGAACAGGUUGACAUUCUGCGCGUCAGGGCUAUGCCUCUCAUCACGAGCGCCCUUCGGGGGAAAUCUUCGUUUGCCACCAGCGUGAGAUUGGUCCGCAUCCUGUACACAAUGCUGCGCAGGCACAUCAAUGUCGUCCCUGCUGAGUGCGGUGAAGCUCUGGAUAUCCUGACACAGCUCCUUGACCACGACUCGGCGCCCUGGAAGAGAGCACUCUGCCUGGAAGUCUUCAGGGGCAUCUUUGCCGAGCAUCAGCUAGUGCGCCGCAUCUUCGCCCUGUACGAUUCCAGGGAAGGUGAGAAGGAUAUCCUCAAGACUUUGACGGCAACGUUUGUGCGCCUCAGCACUGAGAAGCCUAGCGUCAUCGGUCUCGGGCACCAGUCCACCAUGCCCGUUGCUGGCAGUCAAGGCGUCUCGGCUUCUAUGCAGGACCAGGCUAUGCUUGAGGCCAGCGGUGUUACGGGAAUCAUCAGCUCUGCAGGGCCCGAGAGCUCCUACAUAGGCAUCAGCGCUCAAUGGAGUUCGGUCAGAGUGCCCUGCAUCGACCAGCUCGACAAGACAGAGCCACCGCCGAUCCCCGAGUCCUACUCGUACAGCCUGAUACUGGCCUGCAUCUCAUCGCUAUCUGAUGGCCUGGCAAAGUUUAUACUUCCUCUCACUGUGUCUGCCGAAAGCCGCAGCCGCAAGAAGACCGUCAAGAGUGAUCCCCCAAUCUCGCCUCGCGUCGAUGCUGACGGGAAUCCAGCCAAAGAACCCCGCGAGAGGUCGGCAUCCUUCAAAAAGAACCCACUCCCCCUCAACCCGUUAGAUCAUGAGAACCAUCCGAUGGCCGCCGAAGUCAAGAUCUGUGCUAGCAUAGUUGAUGAGUGCUGGCCUGCCAUUCUGGCAACCUGCUCCACAUUUCUCUACGCCGCCCUGGACUCAGAAUACUACCACGGUCUGGUCAGGGCCUUCCAACGGUUUGCCCAUGUAGCCGGGCUUCUGCAGCUGGGGACUCCCCGCGAUGCUUUCCUCACAACGCUGGGCAAGGCGGCAGUGCCUCCCAAUGUCUUCACGGCCUGCCUCAAUGCUGGCCAGCCGCGACCACGUACCCCGAGCGUGUCAUCAGAGGCGCCUUCUUCCCUGAUGAGCAACGCCAGGGGCCUCUUGAGCAGUGAGAACCUCAGCACACUUGCUGAGAAGCCCUCAUUCGACUCGCAGCCGCAGGGCCUCAGCACGCGUAACCUGCUGUGCCUCCGCGCCCUUCUCAACCUAGGUAUUGCGUUGGGGCCGACCUUCGGCUCCGCCUGGGGAAUUAUCCUCGAGACUCUCCAGCAGGCAGACUUUGUUCUCUACGCUAGCUCCAAGGCGCCGGCGAAGACGGGCUCGUUUGCUCGCAUCCAGGAGCAACAGGUUGCCGAGGGCGAGACGGCGUCUCUCACGGCCAACUUUGGAAAUGAAGUCCGUGCCGUUGAGACAGCGGCCUCGAGGCUCUUGGAGAGUACCGUCGACUUCCCCAACGAUUCAUUUCUCGACGUCGCAAAAGCAGUGUGUGGCUUGUUAGAGCGCAAGGCGACUAGCGAUACUGCUGGCCAACAGCAGCAGCAGCAACAACAGCAACAACAACAGCAACAGCAGCAGCAGUUGUCACCGACGUCAGAAAAGCGCCCCCAUACACAGACACUACGGACGCUGAGUGGUCAACACCGCCGUAUCUCGAGCUUCUCAGCAGCACCGCCAUCGUCGCAUUCCACACAAGAGGACCAGUUUGCCCUGACAAAGCUCGGGGAGGUUGCCUCCAUCAACAUGGAGCGACUUCUCAUGUAUCCUCCCGAUGAGUCAGGCUGGGCGAUGCUGACAGACCAGCUCAUCGAUACGCUCGGCUCCAUGCCUAGCGGCUCGGCCGUCCGCAUCAAGGCCGGCGAGAUACUCACGCGCCUGACGCUCGAGGCGGCCCACAUGGCCCCGACCCUCUCCGAAGACGACCAGUUGGCCCCCAUCCAGCUGCGUAUACUCGGGGCACUUCGUGCUGCCCUCGGGCCCCUGCAGAACGACGGCCGGCAGAUCUCAGUGGCGGACCAUGCUACCGGCGUGGAGAUUCACAGGAUAAUCCUGGACGGUCUCAAGGAGAUUAUCGAGGAGAGCGCCGAGAAUCUGAUCAGCGGAUGGGAGAUUGCCUUUGACAUCAUCGGCAGUGUCUUCCUCACUAAGGAUACUGUGACAGAGGGCCGUCGGGCUGACCCUACUGUCAUCGAGACUCGCUCGUCCAAGCUUGUCCGGGCGUCGUUCAAUUCUCUACAGCUCAUCGCCUCCGACUUUCUGGCAUCUCUGCCCAACUCUUGCUUUCUGAUUCUCGUCGAUACCCUCUACAAGUUUUGCUCGCAAGAUGACGACCUGAACAUUGCCCUCACGGAACUCAAGGCCAUACAGGGUGCUGAUGCCGACGACGGAGAUCGGAGCGACUGGAACGGAACCGCAGUCGUGGUUCUCAACGGUAUCUCAGGGCUUAUGGCCAACUACAUUGAGGUGAUUACGAAGCAUGGGUCUUUUGAGAAGUUGUGGCGCGAUCUCCUGGACCACUUCCAGACGCUACUCAACUUUGGCGUUCUGGAGAUCAACACGGCUACGUUCAAGGCCCUCGUGCAUAUCCUGUCGCACUCAAAGGAUCAGGACGGAAAAUCAAUCCUGACCAAGCCGACGAUUGAGCCUGCCUGGGAGCUGUGGUCCCGCGGGGUACCCGUGCCGGGUGAUGGCGAAGCCGUUGCGGCAACAGAAGACAAUCAAGCCUGCCUCGGUGCCUACGUCGACGCCCUGGGUGAGGUAUACAAGCUAAUCGAGCCGGAUAUCACGGUGGAGAGGGCCGGCAAGAUGCUGGGCCUCCUGCAGGAUGCGGUCGAGGAGGCGACGGUCAGCAGCUACUCGUCAGACGCGGAGCAGAUGACACAGCUGCAGGUGCAGGUCCUCAACUCAAUUGAGAUGCUUCGGACCGACGUGGACGGGAUGCCCUCGGCGGUCAUCAAGCGCGUGUCAGAGCUGAUCCUGCUACCGUUUGAAGCCGAGACGACCCCGAAGCGCACAUUUGUGGCUCUGUCCAAGGCGAGCAUGCGCAUGCUGGAGAAGCUGAUCCUGAAGCACCACGGCCAGAAGAACGUGUACGACAGCGGGGCGGUCUCGGCAGCGUUGGAGGCACUCAAGAAGCCCAUCGCCCUCAAGUAUGGGUUCUCCAUUCCGACCAGGUCGGACAAGCCUUGGAGAGUAGCGACAUCGACGGCCCUGGCAGUGCUCAAGCCGACACUGCCACAGCUCGACAAGCUAUCCGUGUCUCGUGAGACGAGCCACCGCGUGUGGUCGACGGUCAUGGAUAUUGCCGACGGUAUCCUUGACGUGGACUGUGAGGCGGCGCCAACCGAAGGAGCAGUGUUCCACCAAGACGAGCAAUUCGACAUCGACUCGUUCAGGGCGCUCCGGCAGCUCAUACUCCCGGCGCUGGGAGCCGACAACAUCGAUGAGUCGGCGCGCAAGUCGUACGCCGAGACCCUUUUCCAGACGUCUACAAUUCACGAGCCCUCGGCGGCGGACGAGGCCAUCAUCUCAAGCAUGCGGAGCGGUGGCCUAUCGGCAUUAUACACGGCUCGCGAGGGGCGCACGGUGGCGGUUCCACCUGCUCGGCGCGUGCGCAUGGCCUACGAGGCGCUGGACGAGCUCUUUUCCCUCGUGUCGCACGCGGACGACGACUCUGCACGAUCGACGCCAGCGGCAGGCCCGAGCUGGCGUCGUCUAGCGUGCACGGCAGCACCCUUCUUCAUCCUCCGCUGUGCCCUGACGCUACGGUCGUACAUUGCCGACCAGCCUCUUCGGGGUAAGAUGCCGCAGCCGCUAAGCCAGCGAAGGGAGCUCCUACGCAUCCUGGGGAAGCUCGUGGCGCUGCGUAGCGAGAGCGACGCCAUACCGGCACUGGGAGGGGUUGACAGCGACAACAGGAAGCACCUGCUCAGGCUGUACCCGCUCAUCGUCAAGGCUCUUGGGGUCGGGGCGGACAGGGAGGUUGAGAAGCUGCUGAGGGAGGCACUGGAGGUUGUCGGUGGGGAGCUGGGGUUCGAUUAG